AAGGCAAGGCAAGGCAAGGCAAGCAGAUCGCACUGAAGGCAGUAGUGCAGCAGACCAGUUCUACACUUCCAACGCAGAAACAAAAUCCUCCAGGUUCAUCUACAGCAUAGGGAGCGAGGAGAUGGAGGGGAGCAGCAGCCGGACGCCGGAGAUAACCAUCGUCCCGGCGCCUAGGCCGGCGGCGGGCGGUGGCGGUGGCGGUGGCGCCGUCGAGGCGGUGAAGGCGGCGAGCAAGGAGCCCAUCAGCCCGGGCUCGCCUUCCCCGGCCAGCAGGGAGCGCCCCGGCGCCGUCUCCCUGCCCGGGUGGAAGCUCGACUCCCUCUGCAAGGAGUCCAGCUCGCCGCCGGCCAUGAUGGCGCGCUUCCCCUAUUUCUGAAGCCACGCGGGCAUCUUUGCCAUCCUUUGCUAGUACUGUAGUAUUUUCCGUCUGGUAUAUGUAAGUUUGCAGCGGCAGUUUUGUUGCUCGUUCCUUCCGGCGAUGUCAUGUAGAACUCGUAUCGUGGUUGUAAUCGUUCUCGCAAGAGUUCUGGCGUGCCUUUCUGGUUGCUUUGAACUUGAUCAUGCACGUGUAUAUUUUGGUCU